UCUGGCCGGGGGUGGGGAGGAGUCGAGGGUUUCGGAGCGAGCUCGGCGGCCGGGUGGGUCGGGGCGUUCGGCGCGCCCUUCUCUGAAGCGGCAGUGGCCGGGCUGGGAGCAGGGAGUGGGAAGCGACGGCGCGGCUGGAAAAUGCCGGUCCAUUCCCGAGGGGAUAAGAAGGAGACGAAUCAUCACGAUGAGAUGGAGGUGGACUACGCGGAGAACGAGGGGAGCAGUUCCGAAGACGAGGACACCGAGAGCUCGUCGGUCUCCGAGGAUGGGGACAGCUCAGAAAUGGAUGAUGAGGAUUGUGAAAGGAGAAGGAUGGAGUGUUUGGAUGAGAUGUCCAACCUUGAGAAGCAGUUCACAGACCUCAAAGAUCAACUUUAUAAAGAGCGGUUGAGUCAGGUGGAUGCAAAACUCCAAGAAGUCAUAGCUGGAAAAGCACCAGAGUAUUUGGAACCACUGGCAACUUUACAAGAGAACAUGCAGAUUCGCACAAAGGUAGCAGGAAUCUAUAGAGAACUCUGCUUAGAGUCUGUGAAGAAUAAAUACGAAUGUGAAAUCCAGGCUUCUCGACAGCAUUGUGAGAGUGAAAAGCUUUUGUUAUAUGAUACAGUCCAGAGUGAGCUUGAGGAGAAGAUAAGAAGGCUUGAGGAGGACAGGCACAGCAUCGACAUUACCUCAGAACUGUGGAACGAUGAGCUUCAGUCAAGGAAAAAGAGGAAGGAUCCUUUCAGCCCCGACAAGAAGAAGCCAGUCGUCGUCUCAGGUCCAUAUAUAGUUUAUAUGCUGCAGGAUCUCGAUAUUCUUGAGGACUGGACAACAAUUAGGAAGGCAAUGGCUACAUUGGGUCCACAUCGAGUUAAAACAGAACCACCUGUGAAACUGGAAAAACAUCUGCACAGUGCUAGAUCUGAAGAGGGAAGACUGUAUUAUGAUGGUGAAUGGUAUAUACGUGGACAAACGAUAUGUAUUGAUAAAAAAGAUGAGUGUCCCACAAGUGCUGUAAUCACAACAAUUAACCAUGAUGAAGUCUGGUUUAAGAGGCCUGAUGGAAGCAAAUCUAAGCUUUACAUUUCACAGCUACAGAAAGGAAAAUACUCAAUUAAGCACUCGUAAUCACGGUCUGAGUGUUCCCCACAUGUACCUUAUUAGUGUUACCAAGUGGAAUGUGCCAUG